AUGGGUAAACCCUUUUUUUUAUUAAUUGUAUAAUCUUUUAGCUGUGACUCAUUUUGCAGAGUUGAGGAUGAUUAUAGUUGUGAACUCACAGUAAACAAUGAUGAAUACAAGUUUAAGUGCAGAAAUUUGAAAAAUAAUUCACAAAGCUUAUUCAAGGAUUCCUUCUCGAAAAUGAUUCAGCCUCUCAAUUUCAAACUCUAAAAUACUGAUUAAAAAACUUAACUUCCUAUCACUUAAUACCAGAAAGACAUUGUCAUGCUUUUGGAAUCUGAAUGCAAGAAUGGAAAACUUGAGAUUGGAGAACAGUGUGAUGAUGGAAAAGCAAAUGAUUUUACUUAGUAUGACAUUAUUAUAUUAUUAACAACUUAUACAGAUGUGAUGAAAAAUGCAAUGUUAAACACGGAUAUCAUUCCAAAACUGAUGAUUAUGGUCAAACUUCAAUAAUUAAUCGCUUUUGCUUUGGAAUAGGAUUAAACAGUAAUUAAUGUCAUGACGGAUUUUAACUAAAGAAAUUAAGAAUAAUAUUAGGGAAAUUAAAGCCCAUUUUGCGAUAAAACAGAUAUGAUUAUUAGUUCUGAUGAGCAAUGUGAUGAUGGUGACCUCAAAAAUUAAGGCGGAAUUGUAAGAUUAAACUAGGUUGGACAUGCAUCUGUCCCAUUCGUAUCAGGACUUUGUGGUAACAAUCUUGUUGAUUUCGGAGAGGAAUGUGACGAAGGCGGUGGCUCCCAAUCCUGCUGCCAAUAUUAAAUAGUACUUACAUUGGAUAAGCAUCAACACUGGCAAUGGCUUGUGGCUUUCAAACUUCAUGCUUUGACGGUAAUUCUAAUAAUGACGAUGGGUACUCAAAUCAUUUUUAAUCAUCAUUUUAGAUGCUCUUCAGCAUGCUAUUCUGAACAAGACUAUCUUUGUGCUAAAUUCAUUACCCAUGAUGCAAGAGAUUACUUCAAAUGUAUUAAUAAGUAUUCAAGAAUGAUACCUACAACUGUUAAUCCCAAUGCACCAGCAAUGACUGCAUCUCUACCUAAUGCUUAAUGUACUAGAAAUCAGCUCUAUGAGGCUGUUGAAAAUUGCGAUGAUGGAUUCAGUGAUGGUUCUGGAGGAUGUGAUGCCAACUGCAGAGUAAAAUACGGAUGGACCUGUCUUAAUCCUAAUGGAAUGGGGUCAUCAUAAUGUUUCCCUUCAUGUCUUUUAACUGGAACGGUUUGUCUUGAUUUGAACAAUAUAACUGGUGAUGGAGUAGAACCAGGGCAUUUUUGUUUUGGAAAAACAGCUGUGGCUGCAUCAGGAUAAAUUUACGUGUCAUAGUUCGAAUGCAAUCCAACAGUUGCAGCUCCAUCCACAACAACUCAAGCUUCCACUACUUCACCUACUACUACAUCAGAACCAAGUACUACCUAGGUACAGAGUACUACAGAAGCAGUAAGCACAACAGUAGCAUAGACAACAGCAUCUUCAACUUCUAGUCCAUCUGUAUGUUUCUAUAUAUUUUUGUUAAAAGUAAUUAAAAUAUAAUUAGACUACUCCUGCACCUUCAACGACAACUAUAGUAACGACUACCACGACUACCACGAAAACUACGACAACUACAACAACUACGACAACAACACAAUCUGCAGCAGUAAAAGAAUAGGAAUGACAUCAUGUCCUGAUGGAUCAAGUCCACCUUGUCAAUGGGUGAGAUAAACUGCUACCGGUUGCUAGAAUGAAGAAUAAACUUAAACAGGAUAGCGAGAUCUUUAGCUCAAAAGAAAUAAUGCUGUAUUGAGAAUAAAAUCUAACUCUUUACCUAACCACUGUUUUAUUUCAGACACUACUCCUAAGAAGAAUGAAAUUGACUUUUAAGUUGUAUACAAGAAUAAAAUCUCCCUAACAAGAAUGCUUUUAGAUUCUGAAUAAGAUGAAUCUUAUCAAUACAACGGAAAUAAUCAAUUAAGUGUAAAUAUGGCACUUUGUGAUGAUUCAUGGACUUAGUCAGGAUAUAUCUUAUAAAUGAAUCCAAGUUAUGUUGAAUAUUCAGGAAAUUAUGAUAGUAUUGUUGGAAUUGCCCUUAAUGGAGUGGCUAUUCAUACUGGAAAUUCUGAAUACGGCUCUGAUGUAUUCUAUCCUAAGAAAUUUGGAAGUAAAGCUUAUUCUGACAAAUUAAUUCAGCUUGACAAUUGUCUUGGAAGUGCUGAGUUUUCUGGAUAUUAUCACUAUUAUGGUUGGUCUCCUUGCAUACUUCCAUCUGGACCUAUUAAGAGCAGAGAUGCAUAGGAAUGCAAUAAUAUACCAAAAUGCAAAUAAGAUAAGUUAGCAUAUGCAUUAUCCUUCAUGUAAUAUCAAGAAAAGACUAUAAUGAUAAUUGGAAUAGCGAGAGAUGGCCAUUCAAUUUUAGGGCCCUACAAAAGAGAUGGAACUUUAUGGUAACCCUGCGAUAUUGAUCUUUGCAAUGGAGUUGAAAUAGCAGGAGUUUACUAUUAUGCAACUACAAUGUUCCAUCCAUACACAGUGGGAUGUUGGGGACCUGGACCUAAGAAAACUAUUUCUGAAGAAUGCUCCAAUAAUGUGAAGGUCUGUUCAAGUGAUGUGAUGCCAACUGCAGAAUAAAAUAUGGAUGGACCUGUCUUAAUCCACCAAAUAACUAGAAAUCUUAAUGUUAUCCAUCUUGUCUACACUUUGGAACGCUUUGUCUUGAUAAAAACUUUAUAAAUGGUGAUGGAACCAGGUUAUUAUUGUUAUGGAACUUCAGGCAAAGGUGCAGGAUAGGGAUUUCCAUUCUUGGUUUCCUUCGGUUGCAGUGUAACAAUUGCUCCAGCUCCAUCUACAACUGCUCAAGUGACAACUACAGAUUAACCUACUACUACAUCAUAGCCAAGUACAACUACACAAGCUGCAACUACAGCAGUAGUAUAGACAACAGCAUCUACACCAUUCGUAUCAGGACUUUGUAAUAAUGGAGUACUUGAUUUUGGAGAGGAAUGCGACUAAGGCUCUAAUACCGGUCUUUGUAAUAAUUGCUUGAUAUAAGCAGGCUAACUAUCUGAGAAUAUCCUUGGAGAUUGGUCGAGUGGAGUUACUGUUUGCGGAAGGGCUGCUAGCGGCAGUUGCUUUGACUAGAAUCUGAAUGACGGCGAUGGGUAAUUAUAUCCUCUUUAAACGUUUAGUUGUUCGAGUUAAUGCAAUGUUGAGGCAUCAUUUAUUUGUUCUUCAGAUGUCUCUGCAGAUAUUCCGACUGGAAGUAGAAGGUGUUUACCUACAACAGCCAAUCCCACUGUACCAGCAACAACUUAAUCUUCACCUAAUGCUUAAUGUACUAGAAAUUCUAUUGUUGCAACUGGUGAAGACUGCGAUGAUGGAUUCCUCGAUAGUUCUGGAGGAUGUGAUGCCAACUGCAGAAUAAAAUACGGAUGGACCUGUCUUAAUCCUGAUGGAGGUGGACAAUCAUAAUGUUUCCCUUCUUGUCUUUUAUCUGGAACGGUUUGUCUUGAUAUGAACAAUAUAACUGGUGAUGGAGUAGAACCAGGGCAUUUUUGUUUUGGAAAAACAGCUAUGACUGCAUCAGGAGAAUUUUUCUUGUCAUCAUUCGCUUGCAAUCCAACAGUUGCAGCUCCAUCCACAACAACUCAAGAUUCCACUACUUAACCUACUACUACAUCAGAACCAACCACUACAUUGGCACAGAGUACUACAUAAGCAGCAAGUACAACAGUAGCAUAGACAACAGCAUCUGUCCCAUUCAUAUCAGGACUUUGUGGAAACAAUAAAAUUGAUUUCGGAGAGGAAUGUGACGAAGGUGGUGGCUCCCAAUCUUGCCCUAACUGUUUGUUAACUGCUGGCUUAACAGUAACCAAUAGGAUUGGAAAAGCAUCAACAUUUGCUAUUGCUUGUGGAAGUAUAACAUCUUAAUGCUUUGACCGCAAUUCUAAUAACGACGAUGGAUGCUCUUCAACAUGCUAGACUGAAAUAGACUUUAUUUGUGCUCAAUUCUUUACCCAUGAUGCAAGAGAUUUCUUCAAAUGUAUUAAUACUUAUUCAAGAAUGAUACCUACAACUGUUAAUCCAAAUGCACCAGCAAUCACUGCAUCUGCACCUAAUGCUUAAUGCACUAGGGAUAAGUUCGUUGGCGUAACUGGAGAAGAAUGCGAUGAUGGAUUCCUCGAUAGUUCUGGAGGAUGUGAUGCCAACUGCAGAAUAAAAUACGGAUGGACCUGUCUUAAUCCUAAUGGAAUGGGGUCAUCAUAAUGUUUCCCUUCAUGUCUUUUAACUGGAACGGUUUGUCUUGAUUUGAACAAUAUAACUGGUGAUGGAGUAGAACCAGGGCAUUUUUGUUUUGGAAAAACAGCUGUGGCUGCAUCAGGAUAAAUUUACGUGUCAUAGUUCGAAUGCAAUCCAACAGUUGCAGCUCCAUCCACAACAACUCAAGCUUCCACUACUUCACCUACUACUACAUCAGAACCAAGUACUACCUAGGUACAGAGUACUACAGAAGCAGUAAGCACAACAGUAGCAUAGACAACAGCAUCUUCAACUUCUAGUCCAUCUGUAUGUUUCUAUAUAUUUUUGUUAAAAGUAAUUAAAAUAUAAUUAGACUACUCCUGCACCUUCAACGACAACUAUAGUAACGACUAUCACGACUACCACGAAAACUACGACAACUACAACAACUACGACAACAACACAAUCUGCAGCAGUAAAAGAAUAGGAAUGACAUCAUGUCCUGAUGGAUCAAGUCCACCUUGUCAAUGGGUGAGAUAAACUGCUACCGGUUGCUAGAAUGAAGAAUAAACUUAAACAGGAUAGCGAGAUCUUUAGCUCAAAAGAAAUAAUGCUGUAUUGAGAAUAAAAUCUAACUCUUUACCUAACCACUGUUUUAUUUCAGACACUACUCCUAAGAAGAAUGAAAUUGACUUUUAAGUUGUAUACAAGAAUAAAAUCUCCCUAACAAGAAUGCUUUUAGAUUCUGAAUAAGAUGAAUCUUAUCAAUACAACGGAAAUAAUCAAUUAAGUGUAAAUAUGGCACUUUGUGAUGAUUCAUGGACUUAGUCAGGAUAUAUCUUAUAAAUGAAUCCAAGUUAUGUUGAAUAUUCAGGAAAUUAUGAUAGUAUUGUUGGAAUUGCCCUUAAUGGAGUGGCUAUUCAUACUGGAAAUUCUGAAUACGGCUCUGAUGUAUUCUAUCCUAAGAAAUUCGGAAGUAAAGCUUAUUCUGACAAAUUAAUUCAGCUUGACAAUUGUCUUGGAAGUGCUGAGUUUUCUGGAUAUUAUCACUAUUAUGGUUGGUCUCCUUGCAUACUUCCAUCUGGACCUAUUAAGAGCAGAGAUGCAUAGGAAUGCAAUAAUAUACCAAAAUGCAAAUAAGAUAAGUUAGCAUAUGCAUUAUCCUUCAUGUAAUAUCAAGAAAAGACUAUAAUGAUAAUUGGAAUAGCGAGAGAUGGCCAUUCAAUUUUAGGGCCCUACAAAAGAGAUGGAACUUUAUGGUAACCCUGCGAUAUUGAUCUUUGCAAUGGAGUUGAAAUAGCUGGAGUUUAUUAUUAUGCAACUACAAUGUUCCAUCCAUACACAGUGGGAUGUUGGGGACCUGGACCUAAGAAAACUAUUUCUGAAGAAUGCUCCAAUAAUGUGAAGGUCUGUUCAAGUGGUUCAAUUACAUAAUCAUGGAUGGAAAUGAUUUUAUUUGUUUCCAUUUUAGUUUACACCAUAUUAAAUUGA